AUGUUACAGAGGCUGUAUCCCCACUUUCCAGAGGUGGCUUGCACUGCUUUAAUUGCAGCAACGGCCCUGGCCACACUUCCCAGCGGGCCCACGCUAAACAACAGCGCCCCCAACCGCUGCGAAUUUGAAUUCAUUCUUCGCCUUCCCGUACCCGAGCAUUCUCCACCGACAGCCAACCCAGCCGCCGACCAAAACGUCAACAAUCCAAUUUCAUCUCGUCGCUCAAACCACAACCCUCCUUCUGCCAUCGAAACCCCGUGCUUCGCCGCCACGGCCAUCGCGCCAGCCAUGGGCCGAUCCCGAGAUAGUCUCUACGAGCCCGUCCUCGCCGACAGCGAACGUGAAGCCGUCGCCGACCUUUUGCAGUUCCUCGAAAAUCGUGGCGAGACAGACUUCUUCUCCGGCGAGCCCCUCCGAGCACUCAGCACCCUCGUCUUCUCCGAAAACAUAGACCUUCAACGGAGCGCAAGCUUAACCUUUGCCGAAAUUACCGAGCGCGACGUACGUGAGGUUGACCGUGAUACCCUCGAACCCAUCCUAUUCCUCCUGCAAAGCUCCGAUGUUGAGGUCCAACGAGCUGCCAGCGCUGCGCUGGGAAACCUUGCUGUCAAUACGGAAAAUAAAGUUUUGAUUGUCCAACUUGGCGGCCUCACCCCCCUUAUCCGACAGAUGCUGUCGCCAAAUGUCGAGGUCCAAUGCAACGCCGUCGGAUGCAUCACCAAUCUCGCUACACACGAAGAGAACAAGGCUAAGAUUGCUCGCUCCGGUGCUCUUGGUCCGUUGACAAGGCUCGCCAAGUCAAGAGACAUGCGUGUUCAGCGCAACGCUACCGGCGCUCUCCUCAACAUGACGCAUUCUGGUACGCUUUCAUCGGAACAUUUUUUACCUUUCCGCUAUAGUACUGACAUGGCGCCAGAUGAAAACCGCCAGCAGCUUGUGAAUGCUGGUGCCAUUCCCAUCCUGGUGCAGCUCCUCGCUUCUCCCGACGUCGAUGUCCAAUACUACUGCACCACUGCCCUGAGCAACAUUGCCGUGGAUGCCAACAACCGAAGGAAGCUUGCCUCGUCUGAAGCCAAGCUUGUUCAGGCGUUGGUCGCUCUCAUGGAGUCGUCCUCCCCCAAGGUCCAGUGCCAGGCUGCUCUCGCUCUCCGAAACCUAGCUUCCGACGAAAAAUACCAACUCGAUAUUGUCCGAGCCAACGGUUUGGCGCCUCUGCACCGUCUCCUACAAUCCUCAUAUCUGCCAUUGAUUCUUUCCGCCGUCGCUUGCAUUCGCAACAUCUCCAUCCACCCAUUGAACGAGUCUCCGAUCAUUGAAGCCAACUUCCUCAAGCCUCUUGUCGACUUGCUCGGUUCUACCGAGAACGAAGAAAUUCAAUGUCACGCCAUCUCGACGCUGCGAAACUUGGCUGCCAGCUCUGACAGAAACAAGGCUCUGGUUCUGGAUGCUGGUGCUGUACAAAAAUGCAAACAGCUUGUGCUCGACGUUCCUGUCACCGUCCAGUCCGAAAUGACGGCCGCUAUUGCUGUGCUAGCUCUCAGCGACGAUCUCAAGUCUCACCUGCUGAAUCUGGGCGUCUGCGACAUUUUGAUUCCCUUGACGCACUCAUCAAGCAUUGAAGUUCAGGGCAACAGUGCCGCUGCCCUCGGCAACCUCUCCUCUAAAGUGGGCGAUUAUUCCGUCUUUAUACAAAAUUGGACUGAGCCCAACGGCGGAAUUCACGGCUACUUAUGCCGUUUCCUUCAGUCGGGCGAUGCCACCUUUCAACACAUUGCUGUCUGGACCUUGCUUCAAUUAUUUGAAUCGGAAGAUAAGACGCUGAUUGGCCUCAUUGGUAAGGCCAGUGACAUUAUCGAACACAUCCGAAACAUUGCGAACCGCCAAAUUGAUGCAGAGCCUGAGCUGGAGGAAGAAGACGAGGGUGAAGUUGUGAAUCUAGCUCAGCGUUGCUUGGAGCUACUCGGGCAGAGCAUGUCCAAGGCCCAUAUUGAGGGUUAA